AUGGAUGAAAAUUCAAAUUUCACACGUAAUAGUACUACUAAUUAUAAUAACAAGAAAUUACGAAAACUACCUCAUGUUUUCAGCAAAGUUUUGGAACUUCCUUUUAAAUCUGAUGCUGAUGUUCACAUCCAAGAAUUCCCUAAUUGUUUCAAAUUUACUGCUCAAAUCGAAGAUGCUGGAAUGGUUCUUGGUGAUGUUAAAGCUAAUGUCGUUAGGUAUCAUCCCGGGAUUAUCAAAAUUGUGAUAGUAAGGAGUGAUAAUCCGUUGGAAUCGACCAUUGAUGAGCUUGAAUUGGAUGUUUGGAGGUUUCGUUUACAACCGUCUGCACGAGCAGAGUAUGCUACUGCGGUUUAUGCGCAGGGGAAUCUUGUUGUGACUGUGCCGAAGGAUGGGUGGGGUGAGAAUGUUUGGAUGGGUGAUUGUAAGGGUGGUUUUAAGGGUAAUAUGGGGAAUCUUAUUCUUGUAUACUAA